ACCCCUGGUCAACCAUGGCUUGCACUAUCAGCCAUUUACACAUGCGAUCAAUUCUUUCGAAAAACACAGCCAGCCAAGAUGGGUCGUAUGCACGCAAAGGGAAAAGGUAUUUCCGGAUCUGCUCUUCCAUACCGAAGAAGUGUACCAACAUGGUUAAAACUGACCUCAGAAGAUGUUAAGGAGCAGAUAUUCAAGUUGGCCAAAAAAGGUUUGACCCCAUCUCAAAUUGGUGUUAUCCUUCGAGACUCUCAUGGUGUUGCUCAAGUACGUUAUGUCACUGGAAACAAAAUUCUCCGCAUUUUAAAAGCCAAAGGUUUGGCACCAUCUUUACCAGAAGAUUUACAUUGCUUGAUCAAAAAGGCUGUGGCAGUACGCAAACACUUAGAGCGAAAUAGAAAGGACCGAGAUUCAAAAUUUCGAUUAAUUUUGAUUGAAGCUAGAAUCCACCGACUUGCUCGAUACUACAAAACAAAGCGUGUUUUACCUCCAAACUGGAAAUACGAAUCAUCAACUGCAUCUGCUUUGGUGGCUUAAUGUUUCUUACCGAAUAAACUUUAGAACAUCAAAA